AAUGUACAAAAACGUAAUAAUAAUAAAACCCUUAUAAAGGACGACGUGGUUUAGGACAAAGAAUUUGGCGCACCUAUCGUGCCUAUUUACUAUCUUAUCAUAUCUCCGGUUGAUAAAGCCAUAUCAUAGAGCACACAAUUCACCUCACACCAGUCCACCGACACAAUUGCGAACCACCUGUUGUUACAGAAGAACUGAUAAAAUAUGAUUGAAAAUUAAAAACAAUAGACAAUGGGUGUUAAAAUUAAAUUAGUAUUAGUAGCAGUCCUAGUUAUAUGUGCAAGUGUAUUAGGACAAGAUGAAGUAACCAGUGAAAUUGAGCAAGCCAUAACUGAUAGCCCGCAAGAAGAUAUUCUGAUUCCAGUACCAAAUGCAGAAGUUCCUCAGGAAAAUGUAGAAGCUGCACCGGAAGAAGAUAAAAUUAUUAAUGAAGAAGAGGAGAAGCCCGUGGAAGUGAUAUCAGAAACGCAACAACUACAUGUCAGGAAUGGAAAGUAUCAAGUGCUUGAUGAUGCUUUGGUUGGUGAGCAGCCUACUGAGCUGGAAGCUGUGGACCUGAAUCCAGCAGCAACAGGGGAACAAAGUGAGAGGCAGUUGGAAUACCCGUACCCUACAGAUGUGACCAACGAAUAUGCACACAUCGACGGCCGGGUACUUCCUUCUAUCACCUAUCAGAAUAAGGGCCAACCGUACGUUAUCACUAAUCAACGGCUCACGCAGAUCAGAUCUAACUUCCUGUACUGGUUCUACGACUUGGGAGGUGAUGAGAACAUUGGCGACUACCAGAGAGACAUUCACACCUCCACACCGCAAAUCCAUAAGAAUUUCAACUUCCAGUUGCCAUUCUUCGGAUUUAGAUUUAAUUACACUAGGCUUUCAAUGAAUGGGUACAUUUACUUCAGUGACCCUCCAGACCACUACACGUAUCCUCUCACUUUCCCGACUAGGGACUGGCCGAACGUAAAUGAUCCUUCCUUCAUCGGCAUCUUCUUUAGCAAAUGUCGCAUUGGAAACAUUCGACCUGAUGAUAUAGACCAAAGAAGAGCUGGUGUCUACUUUAGGCUAGACAGAGAUUUACAGUUUCGAAAAGAUCAAUUGGGCGUUGAAAUGCGUGAACGAGUGACAUGGGAUAUUCGCGAGGGAGUCAUUGGUUCUGAGAAUUUCUUCCCUAAGCAUGCCAUAACAAUAACUUGGAAGAACAUGUCUUUCGCUGGUGGUAUUGAUAACUCCUUGUUUGUGACAAACACGUUCCAAAUGGUGUUGGCUACAGAUGAAGUCUUCACUUACGCCAUCUUCAAUUACCUUGAAGUCAAUUGGAUUUCGCACACUGAAGCUGGUGGGGAUACCACUACUGGCGAGGGUGGUGUGCCAGCCUAUAUUGGAUUCAAUGCUGGAAAUGGAACUCGAAGCUACGAAUACAAACCUUAUUCUCAAGAGUCGGUCCUAAGAGAUCUUACUGGCAGAGGUUGGGCUAAUGGGUUCCCAGGUCGACACAUUUUCCGAAUUGAUGAGAACAUACUUAUGGGGACUUGCAAUAAGGAUAUCGAUGGUGCUCACUUGCCGUUAAUGUUCGCACCGGAGAGUGGUAACAUGCUUGGUGGAACUGUAGUGAACAUCACGGGACCAUGCUUCAAUCCCAACGAUCGCAUCACUUGUCGUUUCGACACUGAGGCCGUUGUAGGAGCUGUAGUAGACGUAAAUAGAGCUGUAUGUGUCCAACCAAGAUUUUAUCAUAACGGAUAUGCUAGAUUCGAGGUGGCUAUUAACAAUGAACCAUUCAAGUGGAAAGGCAGAUUCUUCGUAGAAACACCAGCAACUGCUACUGAGAAAAUAUUCUUCCCAGACGAUGCUAUACAUCAAAGAAAUCCACCAGAAGUCAAAAUUACUUGGAAUCGCUUCAACUUGACCACCAACUUAAAUGUUCAUCUACAGAUUAGUUUAUGGGGAUACAAAGAAGUCACCAUUAGACCUCAACUGGAAUUCAUAGAUAUGAUCGAGAGUGGUGUAGCCAAUACAGGAGAAUAUAUUAUUAAUCCUCAAAAUUUCAGAAACAGAGACAACAUAAUGCACAAUGAUAUGCAGUUUGGUUUUAUACAAAUCAAUUUAACUACCCCAGAAAUAUAUAAAGGAAUUUCAAUUUCACCUGUUCUAUGGAGUCGUCCGAUUCCUCUAGCCUGGUAUUUUGCUCCUCAAUGGGAACGACUCUGGGGUCAGCGUUGGCCACAAACCAUGUGCAAUAAUUGGCUUCGCAAUGAUCGUUUCUUAAAGAAUUUCGCUUCACAAAUACCCAUUUGUCCUUGCACACUGGAACAUGCUCUACUCGACAAAGGUCGUUUCAUGCCUGAUUUACAUUGUGACAGAGACACGAAUCCAACAUGUAGAUAUCACUGGGGCGGUAUACAUUGCGUCAGAAGUGGAGGACCAAGUGCUGAAGGAUCAGGGCAACAGUGCUGCUACGAUAAGAAUGGUUUCCUAAUGCUAACAUACGAUCAAAUGUGGGGAUCAAGACCACACAGGUCACACGACUUUGGUUUCACUCCUUAUAACGAAGCUAACAAGGUUCCAUCAUUAUCUCAUUGGUUCCAUGAUAUGAUACCAUUCUACCAAUGUUGUUCAUGGCAAGAAGAACAAGCUGUUGGAUGUGAAACCUUUAGGUUUGAACGCCGUCCAUCUCAAGAUUGUGUAGCUUAUCAAGCACCUGGAGUAGCUGGUAUUUUCGGAGACCCUCAUAUUAUAACCUUUGACGAUCUUCACUAUACUUUCAACGGCAAAGGUGAAUACGUAUUGGUAAGAGUAGACCAUCCUCAUCUGAAACUAGACGUACAAGGUAGAUUCGAGCAAGUACCGAGAAAUAUACACGGAGCGGUCAAUGCAACACAGCUUACUUCUAUAGUUGCAGCAUCUAACAACUCCGUGCCUAUUGAGGUACGAAUUCGUCCACGACACGCUCAAUGGAGAUAUAGGCUUGAUGUAUUUGCUGAUAAUAGACGAGUUUAUUUCGAUAGAAGUGCUCUUAGAGUACAAUAUUUCCCAGGAGUAACCGUAUACCAACCUAUGUACAUACUAAACCAGUCGGAAAUCGUUAUCAUGUUUGCAUCGGGAGCUGGAGUGGAGAUUGUGGAGAAUAAAGGUUUUAUGACGGCCAGGGUUUACCUUCCUUGGACUUAUAUGAAUCAAACGCGAGGUCUUUUUGGCAAUUGGUCUCUCGAUGUAAAUGAUGAUUUUACUAGACCUGAUGGAACCCGCGUGCCAAUUGAUCUGAACAACUUCCAAUCAGCACACAGAGACUUUGCACAAUUUUGGCAAUUAAUGGAUCGUGAACAAAAGGACAUAGGAGUGGCAAUGUUUACCAGAGAAUAUGGUCGAACAGCUGCAUACUUCAACGACAACCUGUUUCAACCGAACUUCAUCAGGGAACCGGUCGAUUUCCUCCCUGCAAAUCGAUCGCAUGACGUAGCCAGGGCUGUAGAAAUUUGCCAAGACUCCUACCAGUGCCGUUAUGAUUACGGAAUGACUCUAGACAGGGAUAUGGCAACAUUCACUAAAAACUAUAUGUCUUCUCUUGUGAACAUAAAAGAGCAAACGAGACGCAGGGUUAUAAGUUGUGGCAUUUUGGAAACUCCUCGGUUCGGCAGAAAGAGUAACUUUUUCUUCACACCUGGAACUAGGGUGAGCUUUGAGUGCAACCAGAAUUUCAUUCUAAUUGGUGAUAAUCGAAGAGUGUGUGAGGCAGAUGGGAGGUGGAACCUCCCAGAUCAUGGCUACACUGAGUGCUUACGCAACCAAGAGUACUCUCAACGUGCCCUGUUUUUGACUUGGGGAGUAAUUGUGGCAAUCAUUCUACCUUUGGGACUAUUGAUCUGUCUCUUCUGGUUUUGGUGCUAUCAUAAGCCGAAAUCGGAGGGCAAAGAGCCAUUUCGCUUCGAGGACAUACCGCGAUCUAAAUCAGCCUCUAGACUUAAUCUAAGAUCAGCAUCAAUGGGAAAUAUCACGGACACUAUGAAAUCCUCUACAUUACGUAGCCAAGACUCAGAUGAAAAACCUAAAUUCCCUGAUACUCCCACUGAAGAAGCUCCCAUCAUUAAACCUAGUAGGUCUGCGCCUGUACCUCCCGAACCUCAGGAUGGUGAAAGUUCGGGUCUCGGAUACACGGAUUCAAACAGAAGUGAUUCAGGCAAAUCAGAUAAAUCCACUUUGCCCAAAAAACGACGUUACGACAAAACUUACAGAACUAAUGAACCGUUACCCAAUGCACCCGAUGUUGAUUUCCCUGAAAAACUUUGGGAUUUGUCCGAAGAAGAUCUUUUAUCUUUGACUUCUCCUUCUGAAUCUGACUCUAAUCGAGAUUCUACUUUAACUCGUCCAGCAAAGGAUAUAGAAUACGUGAGCAAACCGCGCCAACAAGGACGUCAUGCCCUUGCUAGUGAUUCAGGUUAUUCAACUAAAGAUGGAUCUGAAGAUCCGUACGGUCGAAAAUACGACAAUGCUUACAGUCCUAUACCAUCCCCUACUUAUUCUGAGAUUUAUUCUCCUGCCAUGAGUCCUACUUCGGGUAGUCCUAGAAAUACUUUUAAUAAUCCUGGUUUACCAGAUCCUCCAAAAAGUGCACCUGUAAGUGAUGAAAUAAAAACUUUUACGUUACCCCCACAAAGAGGAAAGUCCGUGGAAACAUUGAUCGAUCCGCCAGUGGCUGAAAUGCCAACAUUCAGUAGUCGCUCAACCAUGGUUUAAGAUUUUUUUCACGAGAUCAUAAUAAUUAUUUGAUUAAGUAAUGAUAAUUCUUUAUUUUUAGAGAUAUAAUACCAAAUUAUAUUAAUUUUAAAUACUUUAACCACCGCGUUCGCUCAGAUAGUUUCAAUGAGACUGUAUUUAAAAAAAAAUAUUUACUGCCCGAAAAAUGACAAUUGGAGUAUCAGGGCGUUAGUUUAUAAACUAGAAGUAUUAUGACUAGUAUUACCUACAACACACGUAUUAAAAUUAUAUUUGCACCUUAAAGUAUUUUAUUUAUUAGAUUUGUUUUGUAAUUACAUUUUGUUAUUUGUUUGUGCAGUUCAGAGAUUUUAUUUGUCUUUAGAAAAUAUAGUAAUAUAUUGUCGAUUUAUAUUAAAAUAUCCUAUCCAAAAUCUAUAGAAAUCACUGUGAGAGGAAAUUUCUGUUCCCAAAGGUAGAAUGGUUUCCAUAUGCUUACUUUGUUAUUUUUUUCUAUAAUAUCGAUAAGAAAGCAAGAAAUAUUAUUUGAAUAAGCCACGGAUUAGUGGAAUAGAAAUUUUCUCAUUAGAGUGAUGCGUUAUUAUUUAAAAAAAAUACCCAUUGCUUGCUUUCUUAUCUUGUGUAUUUUAUAAAAUGUAGGUCACAAAAUGAGGUGAGUGUCGCAGGUUUUUAUUUGUUUUGUUUAGUAGAUAGAUAAAAAUCCGUUAUCAACCAACAUUUUGUGUUAGGUUAGAAACUUUCUGAUAGAUAGGUAACAUUAUUUAAUGCACUAGCGCUAUUUCAUAAUUAAUGCUGUUGGAGCGCAGGCACUCAAU